AUGGGGAGAAUUAAGAAGGUGGCCAGUCAGAAGCAUGAGGCUACAAUCUCGCCAUUUUUGGCAGAAUUCAUAGCGCAUGCAACAAGCCUUCCUGCACCAGAGCUCCCUUCGCUUUUUUCUACCUUCCCGAAGCUAUGGCCCUUCCCUCGGGGCGACCUCUAUCACUGGAUCAACGUGCUGGACCGCUUUGAUGAGAUACUGGCCUCCGUUAUCGAGAAAUAUUUCCUGAAUAUCGGCCCUCAAACCCAGCCAUUUGGCCGAGGUGUAUUGGAGGCUUCAUACACUGCGGACCCGAGCAAGACACCGGCAGAAGGCGUCGAUGCGAAACUCAAUGCUUUGGGAUAUGGACCCGACGGAGACCGGGAACUAGUGGAAGCGAUCCUGGAUUUCUCUCGUUUGCUUCUCGAGAAGUGUGGUAACCGCAGUCUGUACAGUAGCAGCGAACGACUGGGCGACCUCUUGAACACUACCUCUCUAUCAUUGCUUCAAUCAACUUUGCGCCUAUCUCUCUGCUUGGCUCAGCGAUACCACUCUCGCCAGCGGGGUACUCACCAGCAGUCUCUCCUGGCAACUCACUACAACAUUGAUUUGGAGAAGCUGCAAAAGAUCGCUGCGCCAUUCCCUCGUCCGUUCAUUGCUAGCAAAACUCCGGUUCUUGCACCCUCCGCUGUCUCUGACAAGGGCAAAGAGAAGGCAGCUCAGACCAAACUUAAUGCAAACGAGUUGGGUUCUCUCGUGCGCGACCAAGAUGGCUGGGAAGAAUGGGGUAGCGUCCGCGUGCUUUACUAUCCCUCUGGAUCUUCCGACCAACCGCGAACAACGUCUGAGUAUGGCCAGAGCGAGCAGAGCUCUCAUGCUCCGUCCACUCCCACUCCUCUGCGUCGGAGUGCAACUCACCCAACCCCCCGAUCGAGCCGCGGCUCUGGUUUAACCAUGGAUGAGACUCCUACUGCUGCGCCUAACACGGGUGGUAAGCCUGAAGAGACAUCACGCAGCGGCAAAAUCCUGGAUCUCCCGUAUUCAAAGCUGUCUUCUGGCAAGACCGAGGAUCUUCUGGCAACGAACCUACCCCAUUUGCCUCUUGAAUCGAAGUACGAGUUGCUCCAUAAAGUUCGCGUUGCCCAGGCAUUGGCCGGGUCGCGUGCUACUCGCGAGCAGAUCCUUGCAGUCCGAAUCCUUGCAGCGACAAACCUGGCCUAUGUUAACACCGAGUCUGCUUUCCAGCAGAAAGUUCUUCUUUCUGACAUGGAAGUACCCAAGCGACUCCAGCUGGUUUACCAACUGGCCGAGCUUGUCCAUCUUGGCGCUAGUGGCGACCUCGAUGUCUCAAGGCAUCUGCAGACAUUGGCAAUUCAGGCACUUGAUGGGUUGGCAAAGCACAAGUCUCGUUCGAAUGACGUCUGUGCAGCUCUCAGCGUCAACGUCAACCACGGGGUGUUGAUGUUCCUGACCCGCAAGGUCGUUAACGAAUUGGGCACCGAUGAUGAUGCAAAUGAUCUUCAUCAGGACGAAUGGCGAGAUGCCCUUCUUUCCCUGUUGCGGACCCUGCCAAGCUCGAGCACUCGCACCCCAGAGACGCUUGUUGCAGCUGGUCUUAUCCCGAUGUUCGUUGAUAUCCUGAAUCUGCGCACCGAGAAGGCCCGCCGCGUUUACUCCCGGGUUAUGGAGUUCCUUGAUACUUUUGUUCACGCGGUCCGUGAUGCGUUGGCUACUUUGACUUCGGCAAAAGGUUUCGAUGCAAUCUCUGAUCUGAUUGACAAUGAGACGAAGACCGCUUUCGAGCACGUCUCUCGUGGAGCUGGUUUCCCUGCCAAGUACAAGAACCCCUCCAUCGACUAUCAGAUUCCCUACUUCCAGCAGCAGACACUGCGAUGGAUGUUCCGCUUCGUGAACCACAUCAUGCAGCACAACGGUGGAGGGUUUGACCGUGUUCUGAGGAAUCUGAUCGACUCGCCUCAGCUACUCACUUCAUUGCGUCUGGUGUUUGAGAACGCACGGGUCUUUGGCUCGCACGUUUGGAGCAACGCGGUCAACAUCCUCAGUAGCUUCAUUCAUAAUGAACCGACUAGUUACGCUGUCAUCGCCGAAGCUGGUCUCAGCCGCAGUCUCCUCGCGGCCGUGAUGGGCCGUGAGCUCAAGGCCAAGGAGAAGCCCCCGGCUGUAGAGCCCGAGGACGCCGAUCCUGUUGCCGAGGCCGCUCAGCCGUCGGCUGCUGCCCCUGCUGACGCCCCAGAAGCAAAGAAAGAAGGUCGAGAGUACACUUUGAUCAGACCGCGUGGCACUCGUCUCGCCCCGGGUAUUAUUGCUGCGGCCGAUGCUCUCGGCUGCGUUCCUUCAGCAUUUGGUGCCAUUUGCUUGAAUUCCUCGGGACUAGACCUUUUCCAGUCUUCCGAUGCACUCGAAAGUUUCUUCGAGAUUUUCGAGAACCCGGAGCACAUCAAGUGCUUGAAGGAUGACCCCAACCUGGUCAGAAACCUAGGUACCACCUUCGAUGAACUCGUCCGUCACCACCCUGCCCUGAAGACUUCUAUCAUGUCUGCAGUAAUUGUCAUGGCUGCCCGCGUAAGCCUCCUUGGCAAGGUCAAGGCCUGGGAAUCUGGCCUGGGAUCAAAGCUGUGGACCGAAGAUGCUCAGGGCCAAAUCAGCCUCUCGGGCGACCUCGCUUCUUUGUUUCGCGAUAUUGGUGCCCCUAUUGAUGCAUCGGUGGAAGACCCUGCAUCCAUUGGAGUUCCCCAGCUGAAGAACCACAUUCUUCCCAACGGUGGAAAGCUUGUCAUUGGCGAUCUGAGCCAAGUUCUUCCAUCGCAAGACCCCGGCUUCGAUCCCAAGGACAAAGACGAGCAUGGUUUGACCGUGACGGAUUACCUUUUCCCUGCGAUCCGCUUCCUUGGCGCCUUCUUUGAGAAUCAGCCUAACUGCACUUCCUUCAUCCAGGCUGGUGGAGCGGAGUUCGUUCUCGACUUCGCAACCCUCCAAAGUCUGUCAUUCGACUUCCACAACACGGAUGCUAACCAGGAGCUUACUGUCCUCGUGCACAUGAUGGCUGAAACUAAGCCGCACUUGGUCAUUCCCUCCUUGAUACACCGUGCCCAGUCAGCUGUCAACAAUCUCUCGGCCUUUUGGACUGCACCCAAAGAGUCGGGAUUCUUCACCGCGUUGGCUCGGCCAGCUGACUCGAAAGAGCCAGCACCUGAGCCGACCCUGGCUGUUGGUAAUGGAACUUUCUUUGUGAAGCACAUGAAUGCCGUUCUUGUCAUGACGGAUCUGCUCCGCGAGGUCUACGCAAUGCCGCUUUAUCAGAGCCGACCUGUGCAACAAACUUCUCCCUUUGCCCAGGUGAACCUUGCAGACCUCUACGCUGAUCUGGUAUCUUCACUUGGCAACCUUCAUGCUGCAUGCGUGUGGGAGGAAAUCAUUCUGGAGAAAAACAUACCCGAGAAGUGGGUGCAAGCUACGAAAGCAUCUGCUGGCAAGCCCGGCUCCGACCGUCCUAAUGAUGUCCCUGGACAAGGGGCUUCUCAGGGCCUUUUAGGAGACUCUGCCACUGGAUCUCAGCAAGGAGGUUUAGCUGCCGGCGAGGGUAACAACACUUCAGCAACCGAAGAGCCUGAAAGCGAAGAGGCCAAGGCGGCGACUGAACGAAGUGCCGCUUUCAAGAACGUUCAGAUCCUUCGCUAUCUUCUGAGCUCUUUGCCUUCGUCGAUUACAGGCUUCUUGCAUAACCUGGGCCUGGGCCUCGUCAGUAAAAGAAGGUCGGACCCUCACUUAAAAAUGCGUCAGAAUGCCAGUAUGGUGGCGGAUGCCAUUGCCGAGGCUGUUCUUCGAGAGCUCCAGUUCAGCGCACCCAACUCGUGCGAUAGCUCCAAGCACCGUUUCGCUUACCUCAUUGUGAUCCUGUCAUCAUUCUCGCAUCUCCUCUACGAAAUUUCAAAUGAGCGCCCCCAGUCGAACUACUUGACUCUGGUUUUCUGGUCAUUCAAGAAGGCCAACGGGCUGCAGGUUCUCAAGGAUAUCUGCGACGUUUUCAUGCGCGAGGUCCAAGCCCUCACACCUGCCGAGUCCGUUCCUGACACCGAAAAGGACGUUGCUGCUCGCCUGACUUCCGCAUAUGGGGGCAUCAAGAUUAUUCUUGCUCUGUUUGCCGAACUUGCAUCUGGCAAAAACAUCGUGGAAUCUAAUCAGACUCAGGCCUUGACUAGCCAUCAUGAGCGGGAUCGGGAUCGUCACGACUAUUUCCAGCCCGGCCAAUUCAUUGUGGAUCUUCGUAUAGAAAUCCUUCCCAUGGCCCAGAAUAUGUGGAAUUCCGAUUUUGCUAUCCAGUCGUCAAGCCCGAUUGUCAAGUGUUUGGUUGACAUCCUUCGCUCCUCCCUGGAUGGAGAGUAUGAGACCGGAGCGGCUCAUAAAUCGGACACUCCUCCCGCCCUGAAGGAGCCGCCUCGCGGGGCAUUUGUUGUCAACAAAACGCACGCAGCGGGUCUGGUUGAGAAGGGGUUCGAGGAUGCUGAUCUGAACAAGGAGGCCCUGUACCGUUGCAACAACAGCCCGAAUGCUGCAGAAGAAUACUGCAAGGCACAGAACUACAUUCGUGCCCCUCCAAGACUCCCACCUCGGCCCAACGAUAUCCAAACUGGUUCUUCUGAAAACGCCUCGGGUGGAGAGGGUCUCGAUGACCCCGUCGGUGGAGAUGUCACCCCCUUUAACAGUGGCUUCUUGGAGCGCUCCGGCCUUGCCAUGCUUCUCGCUCACGCAGGACGACCAGGGCAAGAUCCUAUGAACCAAGAGUCACAUCCUGAAACAGGAGACAUGGAUCCCGACAUGCGCGAUGGGUUGGCCAGAGCCAUUGGCAACAUUCUGAACGAUGACGAAGACAUGAUCCCUGGCCAGCGAGGCGAGUCCUCAAACACGGAACGCCCCCCAAGUUACGGUGCCCAGGACCCCUCUGCGCCCACCGACCAGUCUCAGGCCGAAUCUGCCGCACCGGUGUCACGUCGUCCGAUGAUUACUAUCGAAGAUUUGGACGAGGAAAGAGAGAAGGUCCGGUCGAACCUCAUUGAGCGGUGCCUGGAUGUCCUCAACGAACACCAUGAUGUCUCUUUCGAGCUGGCGGAUCUAAUCUCUUCUGCCAUCAAGAAGCAUCGUGAGCCUGAGAGCUUCCGGCGCGACGUUGGAGAGACCCUUGUCCAGUCACUCGUCUCUCUCCAGAUGGAGAACUUCCAAACUGCCGGGAAGAAGGUGGCUGCUUAUGCACACAUUCUUGCUUUGGUUCUCCAGGAUCGAGACAUGUACAGCGCGACUCUCGAAGAGCUCAAGGAUUGCUUCUCGACUUUCCUGGGCUUUAUCAAGCUUCCCACCCCCGAGAAAGCUGCUGAUGAAUCUUUCCCUUGGAUUGGGCAUGUGCUGCUCAUUCUGGAGAAGUUGCUUUCUGACGACUGCCAGCCUCCCCAGAUCACCUGGACUCCCCCUUCGAGUCUUGAUGAUGCAAACACUGAUGAGCCCGCGCGUCUUGCGGAGCCGCUCGUUUCCCUUGACGAGAAGACUCAGCUCUUUGAAGCAUUGGUUGAGAUCCUUCCUCGCGUGGGCAAGGAUGAGACUCUCGCACUCUCUGUCUGCCGUGUGCUGGUCAUCUUGACUCGUCAGCGCAGCAUCGCUGCCCGUUUCGGUGAAAAGCGAAACCUGCAGCGUCUCUUUGUCAUGGUCAAGCAAUUGGCGAGCGCUACCAAUGAAAAGCUCCAGAGCGCCUUCAUGUUGAUCUUACGACAUAUCGUUGAAGAUGAACCUACAAUCCGGCAGAUCAUGCGAAGCGAGAUUGUUGCUUUCUUCGAGUCCAAGUCUUCCCGUCAGGUCGAUACCACUGGCUUUGUCCGCCAAUUGUACCACCUGGUGCUGAGAGCGCCCGAGAUAUUUGUGGAAGUGACAAAUGAGAAGCUGCGUCUGCUCAGAUAUGACACACACCAGCGACCACAAGUCCUUGGAUUGAAGGCUGACAAGGAUCGCAACCCCCGUCUACUACGUCAAGGCAACGAUGGCGCUGGAGAGAGCAAGGACUCCGGCUCUGGCGAGACGUCGGCUUCGGCUUCUGAUGACAAAGAGAAGGAUAAGAGCCAAGGCAAGGGUACUGAGCUCAAACCACCUGUUGUGGAGAAUCCAGAUGGCGUUAUCCACUAUCUGCUUUCCGAACUCCUGUCCUACAAGGAUGUAGACGACAAAGAGACUCCCACAGAACCCUCAGAGCAGCCCGUUGGCGACCAGUCCGAGGCCCAGACUGAUGUCGAGAUGUCCAUUGAUGAGCCCACCCCUUCGGUGACGAGUAGCGCCGAUGCCCAGCCCAGCCGCGGCACAUCCAGCAAGAAGGGCGAAAAGCCCUCGUUCAAGGCCGAAGAUCAUCCGAUCUACAUCUACCGCUGCUUCCUCCUUCAGUGCCUGACCGAACUGCUAUCAUCCUACAACCGCACCAAGGUCGAGUUCAUCAACUUCUCGCGCAAGGCUGAUCCCCUUGCUACCACGCCUUCGAAGCCACGCUCGGGCAUUCUCAACUACCUAUUGAACGUGCUUGUCCCUCUCGGAACCAUGGAGCAUGAUGAAUCCCUGGCAUUCAAGAAGCGCAGCAUCACCUCCUCGUGGACAAUGCAGGUUCUGGUCGCCCUUUGCACCAAGACCGGCGAAUUCGGUGGCCUCGGUAGACGCCGUGGCGAGCAAAAGCGCAAUGAAGAGGACGAGCCGGAGCUUGCUUUCGUGCGCAGAUUUGUGUUGGAGCAUGCCCUCCGUUCUUACAAGGAUGCGAAUGCGUCAAACGAGUCUCUUGACGCGAAAUAUUCGAAGCUCAUGUCCCUUGCCGAUCUAUUUGACAAGAUGCUCAGCGGCUACUCUUACACCCAGGAUGCAGGCUUCCCCUCUUCGACAAGACAGCUUGCGAAGACCAUGUUUGAAAAGCAUUUCAUUCCUGCCCUGACUGCUUCUGUUGCCGAAAUCGACUUGAACUUCCCCUCGUCCAAGCGUGUCAUCAAGUACAUCUUGCGUCCUCUCAACAAGCUCACGCAAACAGCUGUCCUUCUCAGUGAAACUCACGACAUCUCUACUCUGGCUGAGACUACCGAAGAUGAUGAAAUCUCGUCAGCUACCUCCGUUUCGGACAUGGAGGAUGAGCGCGAAGAGACCCCUGACCUUUUCCGCCACUCUACACUCGGUAUGCUGGAGCCUCGUCAUGACGACGAUGAAGAUAGCACCGAGGAGUCAGAGGGUGAGGAUGAAGACAUGUAUGAAGAUGAGUACGAUGAGGAAAUGGACUACGAGGAAGACGUUGCCGAGGACGACGGUGAAGUUGUUAGUGACGAUGACGAAGAUGGUGUCGGCCACAUGGAAGGUCUCUCUGGUGACCCGGUCGAAGUUAUCAUUGAUGAUGAGGAUGAAGACGACACCGGGGAUGAGGAUGAUGACGAAGACGACGACCACUCCGACAUGGAGGACGACGACAUGUACGCCGACGAAAUCACUGGCGACCGCGACAACGAGAGCCUCGAAGAAGGCGACGAAGACGAGUGGGAGAGCGAAGAAAUGACCGAAGACGAGGAAGAAGCCGAGAUGAUGAACCAGUUCGAAGAUGAAAUGGCCGAUAUGCGCCAGUCCCAACGGCAACCCGAUGGUCAUGCCCGUAUUGAUGACUUGUUCCGUGCUCUCAACCAGGCUGCAGGUGGUGCUGAAGAUUUCGGCGCUGGCCCCCUUGGCGGCGAUAUUCAUGAUGAAAUUCUUGACGAACUCAACGAAGAAGGAGAGGACGACGAUGAGAUAGAUGAGCUUGAAGAGGACGUCGACGAUUACGAUGAUUACGACAUGGAUCAGGGCUCCGAAGGAGACAUGGAAGACGAUGAUCUCCUAGAGCCUUGGGGAUGGGAAGCCGAUGAAGGUCCACCGCCUCGACACCACCACCGCUUCCGUGGUGGCCCGCCUCCGGCUUGGGCUGCAGUUACUGAAAUCAUGCCAGGCCGACACGGUGGACUUGUUCCCAUCCAACCUUACCACCGCGUGCACAGAACCCAACUUCCUGGGCCCCGCGGCAACGACGAUGGAACUAACCCUCUCCUUGUUCGAAACGACCGUGGUGUUGACCCUACAGCUCCUCUCCGCGGACCCAGCGCUGAAGCCUUUACUGACUGGACUCAUGCAAUGGAGCCUACUACCGGGGGUAACCGAAUGAUCCCCAUGGAAAGCCCCGUUAGCUUCAUGAAUGCCAUCAUGCAGGCUAUCGGUGGCAACGCUCAGCCCGGCUUCGGAGUUGUCACUCGCCCCGAUGGCAUUCACGUCCACGUUGACCGCCGCGCAAUCUUGCCUAACCGCCUUCAGGAUAUCUUUGGUCUUGGUCGAUCUCAGGCGGGUCCCACUCGCGGCCGUGACGACCCUCACAAUGCGGUCAAGUUUUCUCUGUCUACGACCAGAAACCGCUGGCAAGAGGAAGCUCGUAUUCUGUUCAGCAGCACCUACGUCGAAAAGACACAGCGUGUUGUCAACUCUCUGCUGAAGGUCCUUGUCCCUCCUGCCAUAGAGGAUGAGAAGCAGCGCCAGAAGCAGGCGGAAGAGGAGCGCAAGCGUCUUCAAGAAGAGCGCGCCGAAAAGGAGCGCCAGGAACGUAUCGCCCGUGAGGAAGAAGAGAAAGAACGCAAGCGCAAAGAAGAGGAGGAGAAUGCUAUUCGACAGGCUCAGAGAGAGCAAGAAGAGGCUGAACGUCAAGCCGCUGGAAUCGACGAGCCUAUGGAGGAUGUCCAAGAGGCAGAUACCCCAGCCGAAGCUGUCGGCUCGCCCGCUCGGGCCGAACCCGCUGAGCCUGCCCAACGUGUUCACACAACCAUUCGGGGCCGCCAACUCGAUAUUACUGGGUUGGAAAUUGACCCUGAGUACCUGGAGGCCCUGCCAGAGGAACUCCGCGAGGAGGUGAUUAUGCAACAGCUUGCGGAACAGCGAUCCCAAGCUGCUGCUGCUGGUGAAGAACCUACGGAGAUCAACCAGGAGUUCCUCGAGGCAUUACCUGCAGAGAUUCGUGAGGAGCUGCUCCAGCAAGAAGCUGCCGAUCGACGCCGCCGGGAACGUGAGACUGCACGUCGACAGACUGCUUCCACCGGUGCCCCGCCCCGUGCCGAGGACAUGGAUGCUGCCAGCUUCCUUGCUACCCUCGAUCCUUCCCUGCGCCAAGCAGUCCUUGCAGAUCAACCAGAGGAUGUCCUCGCAACGUUGGGCCCUGAGUACCUUACGGAGGCGCGAGCUCUCGGUGGCCGUCGCAUGGCCCAGUUCGGAGAUAUUAGCGCAAUGGAUCAUCGCCAGAGAAACGAUUCUGCUGAGGGCCAAGAACCUAAGAAGCCUCAGAGGCGCCAAAUUGUCCAGAUGCUCGACAAGGCCGGCGUUGCAACGCUCCUUCGUCUGAUGUUUAUGCCUCUUCAGGGCAACGCACGGCACCAGCUCAAUGACAUUCUCCACAAUGUUUGUGAAAAUCGCCAGAACCGGAGCGAGGUUAUUAGCCUGCUUCUGUCCGUCUUGCAAGAUGGUAGCAUUGAUUCUUCUGCUAUCGAGCGCAGCUUUUCUCAUCUGUCGCUUCGUGCCAAGGCCCCUGGCGCACAAAAGACUCCGCAGUCUGUCAAGCGCAGUACCUCGCUGCAGACGUCUUCCAGCGUUAGCAACGAAGUGACCCCUAUCAUGGUUGUGCAACAAUGCCUGGGAACACUUUCCUUCCUUUCCCAGUUCAACCCACACAUUGCUUGGUUCUUCUUGACGGAACAUGAUUCAGCGUCAUCCCUCAAGUUCAAGGCCUUCCGCAAGGGCAAGGGCAAGGAGAAUCGUGCCAACAAGUUUGCCUUGAACGCUCUCCUUACCCUCUUGGACCGGAAGUUGAUCAUGGAAAGCCCUACCUGCAUGGAGCAGCUGUCUAGCCUGCUCAGCAGCAUCACACAGCCGCUGACUGUUCUUCUUCGCCGCGAGAAGGAGAAACAGGAGGAAGACAAGGGCAAGCAGGCCGAGGGUAUCCAACCUGAGGAGUCUGCUGAGCAACCUGCUGAAUCCACCGAGUCCGGUGUCGACGUUGCCAUGACCGACGCCCCUCUUCCCACCGUUGAGACGACUGAUGAUCAAGGUCACGAGCCGACGGAGUCUGCUGAGACCAAGAAACCCAAGGGUGCUGCCAAGUCUGGUGAAGAAGAGAAGCGCAAGCGGAAAACAAUUGAACCCCCUGUUGUUCCCGAUCACAACUUCUGCAUGGUCAUUCACAUUCUCGCUGCGCGCGAAUGCAAUGGCAAGACCUUCCGCGAUACCCUCUCCACUAUCAACAACCUUUCUGCCAUCCCCGGAGCUCGGGAUGUUAUCGGCAAUGAGCUCGUCCGCCAAGCGCAGGGCCUGAGCGAAACUAUUCUGAGUGAUUUGGAGGAACUCCUCCCUCAUAUUCACCAGGCCAAGACCGGCAAUGACAUGCAAGGCUUGGCUCUGGCCAAGUUCUCUCCUGCAAGCUCAGACCAAGCUAAGCUGCUCCGUAUCUUGACUGCACUUGACUACCUCUUCGAUCCCACUCGUGUUGACAAGACCAAGGGUGCCGAGCCCGAAUCUGCACCCAAAGAAGAUGUACUCAAGAAACUGUAUGAGAGCGCUACUUUCGGCCCCCUGUGGACUAAGUUGAGCGACUGCUUGACCGUUAUUCGCCAGAAGGAGAACAUGCUGAACGUGGCUACUAUUCUCCUGCCGCUGAUCGAGGCUCUGAUGGUUGUUUGCAAGAAUACCACUCUCAAGGACCAGCCUGUCUCACGGGGCAGCCGCGAGUUGUCUGUCAACAGCGCUCAAGCCGAUGCUGGUCUCAGCAUGGAGAAUCUCUUCUUCAAGUUCACCGAGGAACACCGCAAGAUCCUGAACGAGCUCGUCCGCUCCAACCCUCGGUUGAUGAGUGGUACCUUCUCCUUGCUGGUCAAGAACCCCAAGGUCCUGGAGUUUGACAACAAGCGCAACUACUUCACCCGCCGUGUUCAUUCUCGUGGUGCCGAGCCUCGUCACCCACACCCCCCUCUUCAGCUCUCCGUGCGCAGAGACCAAGUCUUCCUAGACUCCUUCAAGUCUCUCUACUUCAAGUCCGCCGACGAACUGAAGUUUGGCAAGCUAAACGUGCGCUUCCAUGGCGAGGAAGGUGUUGACGCUGGCGGUGUGACCCGUGAGUGGUUCCAGGUUCUCGCUCGUGGCAUGUUCAACCCGAACUACGCUCUCUUCAUUCCCGUCGCUGCCGACCGAACAACCUUCCACCCCAACCGUCUCAGUGGUGUCAACUCAGAGCACUUGAUGUUCUUCAAGUUCAUUGGACGGAUUAUUGGUAAGGCUUUGUACGAGGGACGGGUUCUGGACUGCCACUUUUCUCGUGCUGUUUACAAAAACAUUCUGGGACGAUCCGUGUCGAUCAAGGACAUGGAAACGCUUGACCUCGAGUACUACAAGUCUCUGCUCUGGAUGCUGGAGAAUGAUAUUACAGAUAUCAUUACCGAGACAUUUGCUAUCGAGACAGAUGCCUUUGGUGAGUCACAGGUGAUCGACCUCAUUCCUGACGGUCGCAACAUCCCAGUCACGCAGGAGAACAAGGAGGAGUACGUCCAGCGCGUGGUCGAGUACCGCCUGGUGGAAUCUGUCCGGGAGCAGCUCGACAACUUCCUGAAGGGCUUCCAUGAGAUCAUUCCGCCGGAUCUGAUCUCCAUCUUCAACGAGCAGGAGCUCGAACUUCUGAUCUCCGGUCUGCCUGAGAUCGACGUGGAUGAAUGGAAGAACAACACCGAGUACCACAACUACUCCGCUUCUUCAUCGCAGAUCCAGUGGUUCUGGCGUGCCGUUCGCUCGUUCGAUAAGGAAGAACGGGCUAAGCUGCUGCAGUUCGUUACCGGCACCAGCAAGGUCCCUCUCAACGGCUUCAAGGAGCUGGAGGGCAUGAACGGCGUGAGCAAAUUCAACAUCCACCGUGACUACGGCAACAAGGAUCGUCUUCCCAGCUCGCACACAUGCUUUAACCAGCUUGAUCUUCCUGAAUAUGAAAGCUAUGAAGAUCUCCGGCAACGCCUGUAUACAGCGAUGACGGCUGGCAGCGAGUAUUUCGGUUUUGCAUAG